UGACAGUCGCUCGCUGCGGUAGGUUGGCCACGAGUACUGGAAACUCCCACCUCAAGGUUGCACGGGCAGCAAAACCAGCGCUGCACCGAACUGCGAGCUGCGAACGGCAGUCCCCUAGAUACGUAUCCUACGAGUAAUAAGUAUAAGACCUUCCCAUUUUAUCAGACCCGCGAUUCCCACGAUGUCCAUUCCGUACGUCUUCAUCCUGAGUUUUAGCCAUCUACUACUAGUAGUAUCAUAUGUUCCCACUCGAUGUUUCGCUCCGGGCCCUAGUGCCGUCUAACAUUGGCGAAGACCACGGUCACCAUGCAAGCAGAUGGGAUCCCCAGCACGGAUUCUACGACCGUGAUUCAUAUUUAACGUUUCAAUACGACGACUUUCUCCAGUUUCCCGACCCGCCAUUCGGGGCGAGCGACACCGCCGAAAGCUGGGACCAAGAGCCUCUGAGUAUUAUAGCCUCCGAGCUAUGCGGCGACCCUACCACUUAUCCGGAGCCGAAGCAAGAGAUUUUCUUCGACGGCGGCCUUUCCGACAGCAUCCUUGUCAGACAGGACACGAGCAGUGGCAAUGCCAAGUCCGUCCUCCAGCCCUCCUGCUGGCAUCAAUGCCCUGACUGUCACAAGCAAUUCACCGCGGAACGACUCAGGACGCAUCGCAAGCCGCGAGCACCGGGCCAAGCUCCUUCGUGUAAAAGCCGAUACCCCUGCCCGGCCGAGCAAUGCGGGAAGGACUACGCGGACAAGCCGGGGCUGGCUCGGCAUGUCCGCCAGUGCCGGCACCUUAACGCGGACGGUCAGAACCCAGCGGGCUACCAGUGUCAUUGUGGCAAGUCAUUCGGCCGCUGGGACAAGUUUGUUGCUCACCACAAACGCGGUUGUUGGAGCGUUGAAGACCAACAGCGACACGCCGUGCGCUACGUCUGCCAAUGCAAGGAGUCUUUUCAGAGUUUCUCUUCCUUCCUGGAGCACCACCGAUCGGAGUACAAGAAGGUUGGACGACCGAAGAAGACACCGUCAAUGUAAAAUUACUGACAUGGCCUCCCCACUGAUCCCCUCGGAUCUGAUCUGUACCUACUUUACAGAUUUAGUAUAACUUGAAUGAGUCCAAGGAAUCAAGCGAAGUUUGGUAUGGAG